AUGAGCGCGCAGACCUACGACGACGUGUGUGCCAAGGGCAAGGAGGAAGCGGAGCAGCGUCUCAUUGACCAUCUUCAAGAGUUUGGCGGGGACGUCUGGAACAUCAAGUCGGGCUGCAUGGGCUGCAAGACGAACGCCAACAACAUCGCGCUCAAGACGUGCAGCAAGUGCAAAACGGCGCUCUUCUGCGGCAAGGACUGCCAGAAGAAGGCAUGGAACAUGCACAAGUACGAGUGCAUGGUCAUGAGCACGAUGCAAGAAAUGGCGGUGCCGAUGUCCGACGCGCCCGCUGUCUACGACCUGGUCCGGUCGUGCCUCGAAACGCUGACGUGGAGCCCGAACGCCAAGGAGCUCACGGACGAGUCGCUUUUGCUCGUUGCCAAGAACAUUGGGCUGACCGGCCCCAUCCUUCCGGGCUGGUUUACAAGCAUCAACCUCGUGCAGCACCCCGCGAGUCAGACGGCGUACGUCAAGGCCAUCAUUGUGCUCUUCGCGCUGCUUCGCGACGAAGAAUGCUGGACGCGCGACUCGGACAGCUUUCCCCGCUCGUCUUACACCUUUGCAACGACGAUUCCCAAGACGGCGAGUGCGCGUGCGACGGCGCUGGCGCAUUUCCUGGAGCUGCAAGGCCCGCUCGUGCUCUUCACGGCGUGGAUGCAGGACCCGCAGCCGCCGGCGAUCCAGUCCGUGCCCUUUGAGAAGCGCCUUAUCCAUGGUCUCAUGGAUACGCUCCUCCAGAUUGAAGAGAUUCGCAGCGCGAUCGACGCCUUCAUGGAUGCACCUGAGGCGACCCAUUGA